AUGACCUCCUUCAUUCCCUUUUCUACAACUAGAUUUCCCAUUUCUGACAUCAAAGUUGCAUCAAAACAUUCCGAGACUCGACCUUCUGCUACUCACAGUCUUAGCCAAUCUGCAAGAUCAACACCUCCCUCCUCACUAGUUAUCACAUCACAAGCACACCUUCCGGUUAAAAGUUCAAAAAGCAUCACACCGAAAACAAAGACAUCUGACUUGAAGGAAGGCAUUGUCUUCUUGGAAGCAGUUAACUCCGGAACUUACAAUUCCAACAAACCCAAUAACUUCCUAAACAAGUCUUCUCUUUCUCUUCUUCGUCUCUUCUUUCAUGAUUGCUUCAUCCAGGGAUGUGAUGCUUCCUUGCUAUUGGAAGACUAUGGUGAUAGAAACGGUUCCUAUGAGAAGCAGGCUAUUCCAAAUCAAACAUUGAAAGGUUUUGACAAAGUUGACUUGAUCAAGGAGGAGGUGGAUCAAGCAUGUCCCGGCGUUGUGUCUUGUACUGACAUACUUGCUCUUGUCACAAGAGAUUCCGUUCUUUUGGGUGGUGGGCCUUUCUAUCUAGUUUUAACAGGCAGACGAGAUAGCCUGCAAUCGUUUUUCCAGGAGGCAACUGAUCAGAUUCCAAGGCCUGACGAUAACAUUACGCGCGCACUGCACCUCUUCAAUCUUAGAGGAUUCAACGCGCAUGAAACAGUCAGCCUCCUAGGAGGACACAACCUUGGAAAAAUCGGUUGUGAUUUCAUUCAGCAAAGGUUGUACGACUUUCAAGGAACAGGGCAACCAGACCCGAGUAUACCUCUCGAUUUUUUCAGUCUGAUGAGACUAAACUGUCCUGACUACAGUAAGAACAAUAUCAACAGCAACGGCACGUUUUCGACGUUUACAGUUUCAAAGCCAGUAAAUGCUCAUCACUCUAGUAGUGACAAAGGGAUGUCAUACAUGCAAGCAUUGUCAUCUGCAGUGCCAUCUGGAGCAUAUUUUGACACUCACUACUAUCAGAGUUUGUUGAGAGGAAGAGGGUUAUUGUUUUCUGAUCAACAGCUGAUGGCUCAAGAGAAGACUGCCAGAUUGGUUUCUGCUUAUGCUUCAGAUGACGGAUCAACCUUUCGGAUGGAUUUCGCAAGGGUUAUGUUGAAAUUGUCUAACCUUGAUGUUUUGACUGGAAAUCAAGGUCAGGUUCGUCUGAAUUGCUCCCGUCUUGUAAACUCUUAAGUGAGUUGGUUCAUAUAUUUCAUUCUAGUUUAGCAAAUUUGUUCUCUUCCUAUGUAAGUUUCUCAUAC